AUGGCGACUUCAUUUAAGCAACAAGUCUCCCAUCAAAAGAAGCCAAAAGCAUCUACCAAUGCCAGCACGCAUAAGCUACGUAGCAAGCUGAAGCCUGUAUACGAACACAACCAUGCCAUACAGGAGCCAUGCAGUAAGCCUGGAAGAAACGAAGAUCCUCUUCCUCACCCCAUCGUACCCAAGCAAGACCUUCACCCCACUCAGUCUCCCCGUAACGGCGUUCGCGGAGGCAUACUCCCAUCCAACCUCAACCACAUCAACCAUCGCCGUCACAUUCACUCCGAAAAAGUCGAUAACAGCUACCCCCUCCGAAAAGGCUACAGCGCCGCAGACCCGCGCCGCAAAUGGGGAAAGGCCAAGAAGCCCGCUGUCAAACCAGAUGUUGUACGUCCAUACAAGAAGACUGCCCCUAUGCAACUCCAGAAGUGCUUUAGUGUGAGCUAUGAAUGCUGUCAAUGCAACAAUGGUACGGUGAUCAGGCGAACGGCACACAACCCGGAUCGGGCCUACCAGUGUGAAGCUAUACGUGCGGUUGGACAAUGUGGUCAUAGAUGGUGUCCGAAGUGUCCUGUUAUUCGGGAGGAGUGGGUGGAGGAUGUGCUUGAGAAGGGGGACAAGGGUGGGAAGAGGAGCCAUGAUCGAGGGCCUAGGCCCAAGUACGUGAUGCCCGCAGCUACUGAGUGA